AUACACAGUACAGAAAAAAUGGCCUCUAUAUGCCUUUUUGAAAUUUUCCUAGCCGUUAUAGCCUUUGUCAUUCUUCGUUAUCUCUUAAAAACUGACGGCCAGCCGAUAAAUUGGCCGAUCGUCGGAAUGCUACCGGAUUCAAUCUUCAACUUUCACCGCAUUCACGACAGGAUUACGGAAAUUCUGGAGCAAGAUGGUCUCACAUUUUUGUACAAAGGACCUUGGUUUUCCCAUGUCAAGAUGUUAUUAACAGUGGAUCCAGCAAAUAUUCACUAUAUUAUGAGCUCCAAUUUCUCAAAUUUCCCGAAAGGCUCCGAAUUCUCUAAGAUAUUUCACAUUCUUGGAGAUGGGAUUUUCAAUUCGGAUUACGAGUCUUGGAAGAAUCAAAGAAAACUUGCGCAGGCAUUGAUUAGUCACCGGAGAUUUCACCAGUUCUUGGUGAAAACUUGUCGGAAUAUGGUGGAGAAAGGGCUUGUUCCUGUUCUUGAACAUGUAGCUGAUCAAAAAUGUGUGUUAGACUUGCAAGAUUUGUUUCAAAGGUUUACAUUUGAUAUCACAUGCGAAUUGGUUACCGGAAUUAACCCGAAAUGCCUAUCGGUCGACUUUCCGCAAGUCGAUUUUUCGAAAGCCAUGGAUGAUGCUGAGGAAGCUUUAUUUUAUCGGCAUUUGUGGCCAGAAUUUUCUUGGAAGUUACAAAGCUGGCUAGGGUUUGGUCCUGAAUGGAAAAUGCAAAAAGCUCAGGGUGUUCUUCACGACGUGACAGCCGAAUAUAUAGCAAGAAAACGAGAAGAACUCAAGAAACAGUCCGGUUCGGAACAAAUCAGAGACGAAGGAGUUGAUUUAUUAACAUCAUACAUGAGUAACGAAGCCGAAAUUAACGGUGCAAAACCGGAUGAUAAGUUCCUAAGAGACACAAUACUAAAUUUCUUACUAGCAGGAAGAGACACAACCAGCUCUGCCCUAACUUGGUUUUUCUGGAACAUUUCCAAGAAUCCAAAAAUACUAUCCAAGAUAAGAGAAGAAAUCAAAGAAAAAUGCUCCGUAUUCGACCCGAAAGAGCUAAACAGUCUGGUUUAUCUUCACGGAGCUUUAUGUGAAUCAUUAAGGCUAUACCCACCAGUUCCAUUUCAGCACAAAGCUCCAUUUCGAGAAGACACACUGCCAAGCGGACACAGAGUCAAACCAGACACAAAAAUAGCAAUUUGCAUGUAUUCAAUGGGGAGAAUGGCGUCAAUAUGGGGCGAAGAUUGCUUAGAAUUCAAGCCAGAGAGAUGGAUUAGUGAAGGAGGUAAGAUUAAACAUGAACCAUCAUACAAAUUCUUAGUAUUUAAUGCAGGACCAAGGACUUGUCUUGGGAAGGAAAUUGCAUUCACUCAAAUGAAGGCGGUUGCAGCUAAAAUACUGCAUAGCUAUAAUUUUGAAUUAGUUGAAGGACAUAAUGUUUCUCCAGCUAGCAACUCCAUAAUUCUGCACAUGAAAUACGGCCUACGAGUCAGAGUGAGCAGGAGAUGGGUUUGAAAUUAAUUUGAUGCAUUCAAUGUGCUAUAUAUAUGUCAUUGUUUCAGUAUAUGUGCAUGUUUCUUUAAUUGUAUUUUGUGUUCUAUUUAAAUUACUAGUCUAUACUUAUCGAUGUACUACAGAGAAAAAAGGAUAAUUAUAAUUUAUAAACAAAAUAGAAUGAUCACUUGUUUAAA